CAGCAGACGGUGGAGCUCCUGACGCGGAAGCUGGAGCUGCUGGGGGCCGAGAAGCAGGGCACCUUCUGCGUGGACUGCGAGACCUACCACACGGCAGCGUCCACCAUCGGCACCCAGGGGCAGACGGGGAAGCUGAUGUACGUGAUGCACAACUCCGAGUACCCGCUCAGCUGCUUCGCGCUCUUUGAGAGCGGCCCCUGCCUCAUCGCAGACGCCAACUUCGACAUCCUCAUGGUGAAGCUCAAAGGUUUCUUCCAGAACGCCAAAGCCAACAAGAUAGAGACCAGGGGCACCCGCUACCAGUACUGCGACUUCCUGGUGAAGGUGGGCACGGUCACCAUGGGCCCCAGCGCCCGUGGGAUAUCCGUGGAGGUGGAAUACUGCCCUUGUGUGAUAGCCAACGACUGCUGGAGCCUGCUCAUGGAGUUCAUGCAGAGCUUCAUGGGGAGCCACGCUCCCGGCCUCCCCUCUGUGUUCGGCACCAAGCACGACAGCAUCUACAGCCCCUCAGACACCAUGGUGCAGUACAUGGAGCUGUUCAACAAGAUCCGCAAGCAGCAGCAAGUGCCUGUGGCUGGGAUGAGGUGAAAGGACUCCCGGGAGCCUGGUUUGGAAUGACUGCAUCCUCUUUUCCACCUGCCCAUCAGGAUCAGGACCCUCCAAAAGGCAGCACUGGAGGCAGCCCAAGGGGGUGUGUUUCUUUUU